AUGCCAACGUUUAUUCCAUUCUUGGGCCGAAUCUCAUUUACAGACUAUGUAAUAGUGCUGCUUGUUACAAUCGAGACUCUGUUGACCUUUUUGUUGAAUUGUAUUCCUCAGUCGUGGAUUGAUGUUGCGACUACAGUCAUCAACGCUGUGACACGCAAAACGCUCAGUCCUGUUGACGACAUGGCGCAGCAAUUGCGGGAUGCUAAAGAUAUUCAUGAAAUGGGUCAAAUUUUUGGGAUUGACAUCGAGGACCAUAUUGUGAGAACAGAAGAUGACUACCUGCUGACACUACACCGUAUAGUACCCAAUCCAGCUAACAGCAAUGGACAGAUUGUCUACCUACACCACGGUUUGCUGAUGUGCUCGGAUGUUUGGAUGUGCCACACGGCUCGGGAGUGUAAUCUGCCCCUGGUAUUGUACUCCCUCGGAUUUGACGUUUGGAUGGGCAACAACCGCGGUAACAAAUACUCCACACAACAUCUGUAUAAGCGGCCCGGCUCCCAUGAUUUUUGGGACUUUUCGAUAGACGAAUUUGCCUUUUUCGAUAUCCCAAAUUCCAUUGAAUUUGUGCUCGCACAUACCCAUUCUCAGGAGCUCAUAUGUAUUGGGUUCUCACAAGGCUCAUCGCAGACCUUCGCGGCACUGAGUGUUCGCGAAGAUCUCAAUGAAAAGAUUAGUCUGUUUGUGGCAAUUGCGCCCGCCAUGACCCCGCAAGGCCUUCACAAUCGAAUCAUUGAUACACUACUAAAAUCCAGUCCUCGAGUUAUGUAUCUUUUUUUCGGAAACCGCAUACUUCUGCCGAGUGCCACCGUAUGGCAGAAAACGCUACAUCCAACAAUAUUCAAUGUUAUUAUCGACAUUGCGAAUCGUUUUCUAUUCAAUUGGAAGUCACUGAACAUUUCCUCGCAACAAAAACAUGCCUCCUAUGCCAAACUUUACUCGACUACUAGCGUUAAAAGUGUCGUGCACUGGUUUCAAAUCCUGCACGCCCAAAAAUUUCAGAUGUUUGAAGAGCACGACAUUGUCAUGAACUCCUGGAAUCCUACAAGGUCUUACCAAAUUACUACUUUUCCCACGCGCACGAGCAUUCGUAUUCCAGUUCUGCUCCUUUACGGAGGCUCCGAUUCACUGGUUGACAUUGAAGUCAUGAAGUCUAAUCUACCUGCUAGCCAGGUCUUUGACAUUAUGAUUCCAGGCCACGAACACCUAGACUUGUUGUGGGGGCGCGGUGUCGCAGAUUUGGUUAUUCCCAACCUGCUGCGCUUCAUCUGGUUUUUCAAAGACGUCAAAGCGCUAGAGGAUGAAACUGCACUAAGCUCUGUUACUGAACUCGCCAGUCCUUUCACCAAAACAUACAGUGACAGUUUCUCGACGAAAGGAGUAUAA